CGCCCUCCCUGCUACAGCCCGUGCUUGAGUUGUUUCUUACAUGUGAUCCAUUCCAGCACUGGACUGAUGGAGGCUGAGCAUUUCUUCAGGAGUCCAUAGAGGCCACUGUAUUCUAUUGAAGAACAUGUCUAACAAUAACAUUACUCAAGAGACCCUGGAAAUAAUGAAAGAAUCAGAAAAAAACCUGGUGGAAGAAUCUGUAAACAAAAACAAGUUUAUAUCUAAGACUCCAAGUAAGGAAGAAAUUGAGAAAGAAUGUGAAGAUACCAGUUUGCGUCAGGAGACACAGAGGCGGACAUCCAACCACGGUCAUGCCAGGAAAAGAGCCAAGUCUAAUUCCAAGCUAAAGUUGGUACGCAGCCUGGCACUAUGUGAGGAGUCCUCCACCCCAUUUGCUGAUGGGCCAUUAGAAACCCAGGACAUCAUUCAGUUGCACAUCAGUUGCCCGUCUGACAAGGAGGAAGAAAAGUCCACAAAAGAUGUCCCUGAAAAGGAAGACAAGGACAAAAACAAAGAAAAGGUCCCAAGGAAGAUGUUGUCCAGAGACUCCAGCCAGGAAUAUAUGGACUCCACUGGAAUAGACCUACAUGAAUUUCUUGUAAACACACUGAAAAAGAACCCAAGGGACAGAAUGAUGCUGCUAAAAUUAGAACAGGAGAUUCUGGAAUUUAUUAAUGACAACAAUAACCAGUUCAAGAAGUUCCCUCAGAUGACCUCAUAUCACCGGAUGCUAUUACACCAGGUAGCUGCCUAUUUUGGGAUGGACCACAAUGUUGAUCAAACUGGGAAAGCUGUCAUCAUCAACAAAACUAGUAACACAAGAAUCCCUGAACAGAGGUUCUCAGAACAUAUCAAGGAUGAGAAGAAUACAGAAUUUCAGCAGAGGUUCAUUCUCAAGAGAGAUGAUGCCAGCAUGGACCGAGGUGAUAACCAGAUCAGAGUUCCAUUGCGGGAUGGAAGGAGGAGCAAGUCAAUGGAAGAGAGAGAGGAGGAAUAUCAAAGGGUCUGAGAGAGAAUAUUUGCUCGAGAGACUGGCCAGAACGGAUAUCUAAAUGACAUCAGGGAAAACCGUGAAGGGCUGAGCCGCACCUCAAGCAGCCGUCAGAGCAGCACAGACAGUGAACUCAAAUCCCUGGAGCCUCGACCUUGGAGCAGCACAGACUCUGAUGGCUCUGUCUGGAGCAUGCCCCCUGUCACCAAAGCCAGCAGCUUCAGUGGAAUCUCUAUCCUUACCCUACAUGACAGCAUCGGCAGCAGUAAAGACCAUGCAGGAAGGCUCUCCAGGCCAGGUAUGGCACUAGGUGCCCCAGAAGUGUACAACCAGGUCACCUCAUCCCAGUCUGUCCGGGGCCUUCUCCCUUGUACUGCCCAGCAGCAACAGCAGCAGCAGCAACUUUCUGCUCUCCCACCCACGCCUCGGCAACAGCCACCCUUGAAUAAUCACAUGAUCUCACAGGCAGAUGACCUCAGCAACCCCUUCGGACAAAUGAGCCUUAGUCGCCAAGGUUCUACUGAAGCAGCUGACCCAUCUGCAGCUCUGUUUCAGACCCCACUUAUCUCCCAGCACCCUCAACAGACUAGCUUCAUCAUGGCUUCCACGGGUCAGCCCCUCCCCACUUCCAACUAUUCCACCUCUAGCCAUGCACCACCUACUCAGCAAGUUCUGCCACCCCAGGGGUACAUGCAGCCCCCUCAACAGAUCCAGGUUUCUUACUAUCCCCCUGGACAAUAUCCUAACUCCAACCAGCAAUAUCGACCUCUCUCUCACCCAGUGGCCUACAGCCCCCAACCUGGUCAACAGCUGCCUCAGCCAUCCCAGCAGCCUGGUUUACAGCCCAUGAUGCCUAACCAGCAGCAGGCGGCUUACCAAGGCAUGAUUGGGGUCCAGCAGCCACAGAAUCAGGGCCUGCUCAGCAGCCAGAGGAGCACUGGGGGCCAGAUGCAAGGCUUGGUGGUUCAGUACACUCCACUGCCUUCUUACCAAGUUCCAGUGGGUAGUAACUCGCAAAAUGUGGUCCAGCCACCUUUCCAGCAACCCAUGCUGGUCCCUUCAAGCCAGUCUGUGCAAGGUGGCCUCCCAGCAGCGGGAGUACCAGUGUACUAUAGCAUGAUCCCACCUGCUCAGCAGAACGGUACAAGCCCUUCUGUAGGGUUUCUGCAACCCCCUGGCUCUGAGCAGUACCAGAUGCCUCAGUCUCCCUCUCCCUGUAGUCCACCACAGAUGCCACAGCAGUACUCAGGAGUGUCACCAUCUGGACCAGGUGUGGUGGUCAUGCAGCUGAAUGUCCCUAAUGGACCCCAGCCACCCCAGAACCCAUCCAUGAUCCAGCGGAGUCACUGUAAAUACUACAGCAUGAACCAGCGGGGACAGAAGCCUGGAGACCUGUACAGCCCUGACAGCAGCCCCCAGGCCAGCACACAAAUGAGCAGCAGCCCUGUCACAUCUCCUACCCAGUCUCCAGCACCCUCUCCUGUCACCAUCCUCAGCAGCGUCUGCACAAGACUCAGUCCCCUGCCUGUCCUCACACAGUUCCCCUGGCCUGGGGGUCCAGCACAGGGUGAUGGGUGCUAUUCCCUUUUGGGCCAGCCAUUACAGUACAAUCUGUCCAUCUGCCCUCCCUUGCUCCAUGGCCAGUCAACUUACACAGUGCACCAGGGAGAGAGUGGAUUGAAGCAUGGAAACCGGGGCAAGAGACAAGCACUCAAAUCUGCCUCCACUGACCUGGGUACAGCAGAUUUUGUCCUGGGUCGGGUGCUGGAGGUGACAGAUCUCCCUGAGGGCAUCACCCGUACGGAGGCGGACAAACUCCUCACCCAGCUCGUCAUGUCCGGCACCAAGAUCCAGUGGCUCAAGGAUGCUCAAGGGCUGCCUGGAGGGGGUGGGGGGGACAACGGUGGGACUGCUGAGAAUGGCCGCCACUCAGACCUCGCUGCCUUGUACACCGUUGUGGCUGUGUUCCCCAGCCCCCUGGCUGCCCAGAAUGCUUCCCUUCAUCUCAACAACUCUGUGAGUCGCUUCAAACUUCGAAUGGCCAAAAAGAACUAUGACCUGAGGAUCCUGGAGCAAGCCAGCUCCCAAUAAAGGGAGGAGGGGAAGGGACCAUCACAGAAGGAAAAGGGGCAGGGUGGAGGGGGUUGAAGGAUCCUGACAGACCAUGGACAGAGGCAGGAAGUAAGGAGACUGAUGCUAAACUGGAGCUUAAGACAGUGAUGAAGAUGGAAACAGACAGAUGCCCACAUUGGCAUUGGACUCCUUUUUGCUCCCCUGCCAUGGGUCCCCUUUUUUUCCCUGGUUGACCCCCCUUGCACCCCUCUUCUUCCCAUCCUUUUUUUCUUUUUUGAGACAGAGUUUCACUCUUGUUGCCCAAGCUGGAGUAUAGUGGCACGUUCUUGGCUCACUGCAAACUCUGCCUCCUGGGUUCAAGUGAUUCUCCUGCCUCAUCCUCCUGAGUAGCUAGCACUACAGGCACACACCACCACGCCUGGCUAAUUUUUGUAUUUUUAGUAGAGAUGGGGUUUCACCAUGUUGGCCAGGCUGGUCUCAAACUCCUGACCUCAGGUGAUCCACUCGCCUUGGCCUCCCAAAGUGCUGGGAUUACAGGUGUGAGUCACUGUGCUGGGCCCCCAUCAUCUUCUAUCAUUAUUUAAAUGUCUUCCUCCAUAAAAUUAAUUUCUUUUAUAUAUUUUUGUAAGGUAGAAAUGGGAAAGUCCCACACUCUACGGUUCUAUUACCUUAACACCCCAAGCUUCCUUUCCUUUUUUUGGUCUUUAUAAAUAUAUUUAUAUGGACAGAAUUAAGAUAAACAACAUUGAUUUCCCCAUUCUCUCACUUCCCCAUCUUGUCUUCUCAGACCCCACAGAGUUAAAACUUGGGAUCCACCCGACCCCCUCACCCCAAACACUUGUAUAUUGUUUGUUUGAGGUUCAUGCCACAGUAACUGACAUAGUAUUUAAUUGCACAUACAGAUGUUUGCUGGGUAUAUUCACUGUAAAUUUUAUUUAAUCUGGUUUUUGUUUGGGGAUUAUUUGGAGGGAGGUUGGUUUUGUUUUUAAAUAUAUAAAAAAAACUGUCCCUGGAAAAA